CACGGAAGGGAGGGUUUUAGAGACUGCAGCACUACAGGCCGAACGCGAGAGUUGAGAGGCUACGGCUGACCUUAGAAGUAACGGCUUCUUAUUAUAAAGAUGAAGAGUGGUAAGGUGGGUUACAGUGUCUGCAGCGUGACAACCAGCACAAGUAGCAGCAUGGGCCGCAGCGGUUACUGGCUUGAGGUUUCUACGCAUGUCGUGCCGGUAAAGAAGACCAGGGAUGCCAGCGGAAAGCUUGGGUGGAAUAAUCGGAGCAAAAGCAGCGUUCCUUUACAGGAAAAGCUCCGAAAACUUUCCAAGAAAAUCGGUACUGCAUAUUCAUGUUUUCGGAUAAGAAAGUCUUGGAAAAAUAUCUUUAACUUAUAUGAUCCAGUACUUUAUGUAAUGGUAGGGAUGGUAGCUGUUAUGUGCUACCUGAACUCUCUAAGUGGAGACUUUGUACAUGAUGACAUUGUAGCUAUUACGACAAAUCCGGAUGUGCUAGGACAUACGUCGAUGGCUCAACUGUUUUUUAAUGACUUCUGGGGGAAAUCCAUGGCUGACCCAUUAAGUCACAAGUCAUAUAGACCACUGACAGUUCUCACGUUCAGGUGGAACAUGGUUUUGGGUGGACCGACAGUGGAAGGUUUUCAUCUCGUGAACGUGAUUCUCCACGGGUUGGUGGUUUGUCUUCUCACCUACACGUGUCGAACCGUCCUCCGAUGGAACACCGAGAGCUCAGCAGUUGUGGGGCUUUUGUUUGCUGCCCAUCCCGUCCACACUGAGGCGGUAUCAAGCAUUGUCGGAAGAGCAGAGCUUCUCAGUGCUUUGUUUUUCUUCAUCUCUUUUCUAUCAUUUUAUAAGUGGAAAAUGAAAUCAAGGCAUAAUCAAUCAACCUAUCUUCUACCGACCGCUACACUGGCUUCCGCUUUCCUCGCUCUUCUGGCUAAGGAGCAAGGAAUUACAGUAAUAGCAGUAUGUUUGGUUUACCAUGUGGCAACAUCAUCUAUAAAGUCUACUAGUAUCAGAUGUAUUAAAGAAAGGCAAGGUUGGCUGGACCAACACACGGUGUUCUUACUGACUGGGUAUUUAGUCCUUUUGGGAUUUCGUAUAUGGAUGCUUCAAGGUUCGUUACCAAGGUUUUCUGAACAAGACAACCCUGCUGCUUUCGCGUCUUCGUUGCUUACGAGAUUUCUCACAAAGACAUACCUUGUUACCUUCAACGCCUGUUUGAUUCUCUGUCCUUCAAACCUAUCUUAUGAUUGGCAGAUGGGCAGCAUUCCCUUGGUGGAGACAGUGUGGGAAAAGCGUAACCUUAUUUCGGUGUUGCUUUUUGGUGGACUUGGAAGCAUUUUAAUGUACACCAGAAGAACAGUCAAGAUAGGAGAAAUGACUGUUCUAUCAGUAGCUUUGGCGAUACUCACACUUUCGUUUCUACCGGCUUCCAAUCUUCUGGUGACUGUGGGGUUUGUGGUGGCUGAGCGAACCCUUUACAUCCCCAGUGCAGGAUUGUAUAUACUUGUAACCCACGGACUACAGAAACUGAAAGACUGGAGUUCUAAAGUGACUUGGAUUGGCAGAAUUAGUGCGAUAUUCCUCUUGUCUGUGUUCAUAUGGUGGACACUACGUCGUAACGCUGUUUGGGAAUCCAGGGAGACUCUGUUCAAGUCAGGCCUGGAGAGUGUACCUCAGAAUGCUAAGGUCCACUACAAUUUUGCCAACUUUCAAAAGGACACAGGAAAUAUUGAACUAGCUAUUAAACACUACAGAAUCGCACUCAGUUUGUGGUCCGAUCAUGCCAGCGCACAUAACAAUCUGGGAGCACUGCUUUCUGAUCCAGCUGAAGCUGAACAUCAUUUCCAAGCUGCGAUAUCUAUAAAUCCAUAUCAUGCCAGGGCCUACUUCAACCUCGGCAACUUGUACAGUAAACAAGAUAAGAAAGAUAAAGCUGAAAUUUGUUUAAAACAAGCAAUCGACAUAGAUCCAAAGUUUGCUGAGGCUUUUUCGGCUCUAGCGUCCCUAUACGCCAGUCUUGGUCACGUGAUAGAAGCAGAGAAGCUUCAUCUAGUGGCACUUAGUAUUAGUCCUGAAAACGUCGAUGCGCUUAAUAAUUAUGGCGUAUUCAUCCACAGCUUAGGUCGUGAAAACGAAGCUGUUCAAUUUUAUCAACGUGCUGUUCGAAUUCACCCUAACCACACUGUGGCGCUUCUUAAUGCAGCGAGAACUCUGCGUUCUCUAAAAUUUAUUGAUGAAGCUGAAAAAUUAUACAAAAGAGCUCUAGAAAUAGAUGAAGAUCCCCAAGUCAUGGACAACCUUGGAACUUUGUAUAUGAAAUCUGGACGUUUAGUAGAAGCCCACGAACUCUAUAAGCAAUUAAUCAAUAAACACGAAAAUUACUUGGACGGAAAAGUACAUUAUGCGCAACUGUUGACGCAAGAACGAAGCUUCAACCAAGCCGAAAUUUUGUUAUUGUCGGUGAUCAACAGCAACGCUACCUACCGAGAAGCUUAUUACCAAUUGGCUGUACUCUUCAUUCAAACAAAUAGAACUUCAGAGGGGUUGGAGAACAUCCUCCGAGCUCUUCGUCUUUGUCACGUGAAUGAAAAGUCCUGCGCCCAGUUUUAUGUUAGCCACGGUGAUAUUAUGAAGGAUAUGGAAGAUCUGGAAACUGCUGCACAGAGCUACAACUUGGCAAUACAGCUUGAUCCAUCGAUCGGCCACGCCCAUUUAAAUCUUGGUGUGGUUUAUCAUCUGCAGGGUUGGUACUUGGAGGCACUAAAACACUAUCAAACGGCUCACAGGUUAGACACCCAGAAUCCAGUGGUUUUAGAAAAUCUGGAAAAGCUGAAGAAGAAACUUAUGAAAACGUCACUGCUUGCGUGUGAUGAAGAAAACGAACUUUGUAGAACCUGGUAAUUUUUAAAAUCAGAUGAAAUAUAAAACCUGAUAACAUUAAUAAUCCCAUGAUGAGAAUAACGAGCUGAAGGCUAGAUCUUGAUGAUUUUUAAAACCAGUGAGACUUACAACCUGGAGUUUGGCUUCUCUCAAUAUUUUUGCCUGUUUCCAAGAAAUUGGGAGACUUAGUUCCUACGUUAAUGGACCGAGUAACAACACUGUUGCACUUGAGUGUGAGAUUCUUUGUUUUGUGUACAUAGGUGUGCCUGCUUGUAAGGUUACCUAGUUACUACACUACUGGACUUGCUAUCUAUGCAACCGACAUAAUCCAGUCAUUUCAUGGUCGGUGUAGUAUUUGUAUGUGAACAAUGUUCAAUAAAUGUUUUACGCAAAAUAU